CACUGCUGUUGUAUCGGUUGUUUUCAGUAGUUUUUAACACAAAAUUGGCAUCCGUAGAUAUAAAAUUCGAAGUUCAUUUAAUGUAAAAACCAUCACACAAUGUCUGUUAGCAACCCGAAUUCUCCAUCCCAGCGUAGUCCACUGGUGAACCGGACAUUAGAUCUCAACCUCAACAAACGGCGUUCUAGAGAGUGUCUCAAAUGGGGCUCCUUAAACAUUGUUUUGUUAUCAAUAAUUCUGUUUGAUAUUUCCAACAAAUGUCCCUAUUCAUUCUCCAAGUUGUACUAUGUGGAGUACGCAGCUGUUGUCCUGGUGGCUAUGAGUGUAGCAUACUAUUUUGCACGCUACUUUUUCUAUUUGUUCAGUAAAGAACCAUUGCAAGGGACGGAAUAUCAGCGCAAACUAUUGAAAUUUGACGACGAUGAUGCUUCAUUCAUUACAACAACCCCGGCAGCGAAGAAAGAAGUGUCCAGCUCGCUUGUCACUCCGGGUGGCAAUGUAUCCUCCAUCAGCUUGCAUUCGUUCAACGAAAGUGGCCUCACUUCUGCAUCCUCGGGGUGGGUUUUCAGCCGCGGCAGCCCUCACCACCAAGCGACACCGGACGAACGAAGCUACUCCGUGGAAGGGUCGUUCAGCGCAAGUGCUAACAAUUCCAUGAAUUUAACCAAGAGAAAAAUCGCUAACAAAAGCGAUUUCAUUGUGGACGAGAAAGGUUUGCAGAGUUAUCUGAGGGAGGUUUCGAAUAGCGAAAAGAAUAACAGCUCGUUUUUGGAGCGGAUGAACACUUCUGCAACCACGUUCAAUUCGUUCUGGAAUAGCUAUAAGCUUGAUGAUAUGUCAAAUUUGCUUAAAACGUCUCUCUAUCAGCUGUCGCCUUCGGCGCCAGCAACUAAGCAAACGUUGAAAGAGCACGAAAGCGGGCCAUACAAUCCAAUGGAUCCGGAAAUUAGCUCCGAAGUUUUACGAAAAGUAUCCUCUGUACAAUUAUCAAAUUAUGUUGCAAACUUAAGAAUGUGGAUAUCAGCAACCAUUCUUCGGCAAAUUGUUGCGGAGAUGAACAGUAUUGACCAAUCGUUCAAAAGUCGUGGCUUUUCCGAUAUUCAGUUAGGCAGUGUUGGUUUGGAAAGGCUAAAGAAAACCGCGGAGAAUCAGCAGCUGGUGACACUGUACAUCCCAAAGCUGCCACUGUUGAUACCUUUCCUGGAAAUGUCUACCAAUCAGGAGUAUCUAGUGCAAAGAAUAAAGGAUUUUUCCAAAGGAAGUUGCAUAGCCGAUUACCGCUGGAAUUCUGGAUCGUCCUAUAAGGGUCUUAGUUGGGACGAACAUUUACCAACGGAUUCGGCGAUCAUUUUUCAUCUGUUCUGUACUUAUAUGGACAGUCAGCUGCGGCCGCUUCCGCAGCCCGGUGGUCGUCCUUUCUAUCAUCGAUAUGUGGUACUUGCCGAUAAGAAAAAUCCCAAAGAAACACUGGCGGAGGUAAAGACUAAAAACAAGGCAAAAUGUGCCAUUCUUUGCUCGAACCCGAUGAAACCUAAAUUCAACUUCAUUUCCGACGAUAAGAUUCACAACAACGCAUACGAUCGCAACAAUCUUUUCUACGUCAUCAUACAGUUCCUAAUUUAUAUGAGAAAUCAUCAUGAAGGCUUGCUGGAAGGCAUCAAUCUGGGCAAGAGUGGUAUCAACAUUCUUUGCGUGGUGGAAGACUAAUUAUUUGAAUAGGUAUAAACCAUCAUGCUUUUCAUUAUUUUCUGCUACCCAUAUGUUCAUUGGAGAAAGAAAUACGCUUGGAUUGUUAGACAAUUUUAACAUGGUCAAUUGAUUUGAUAGAGAAGUUCCCUAUAAAGUUGUGAUUGAAAUUAAUAUGACGAUGUGUGUACGGUAAUGCACCAAAUUAAUGCUUGCGUUGCUACGAAACAGAUUUGUUUAUGCAACUGAAUUGAAAUUGAAACUGAAAAACGUUAAACAUUAGGUAGGUACAAGUGAAAUUAAACAUUAGAUACGAUAAUUAUUGUAGAAUAACUGUCAUCGAAAUUAUGAAGGUAUGUAAAAAAAUUGUGAACAAGAAUAAAUACUCGAUCCUGUAUA